AUGCUGAGCACCAAGAGUCUGCAAGACUCGAUGCAGGGGUCAGAUCUCAAUGGGCAUCUGCUAAGGCUGCUUCUAGACCCGUUGGCGGAUAGCGACCGACUACGGCAUACCCGGCACGUUACCUUGAUCGACGACGACAAGGCGUGCUUCAUCCUGCCAGUAGCACGCACGGAUGGCAAAGCCCCGACAGGCACUGAUUACAACUCCAAGAUGGCAGAGCCACGCUGGGCAUGGGCAACGCGCAAUCUCGCGACAGACCAAGCGAUGCUCCGCCAGCGCAUGGGCGGAGAGUUCGUCUUCCUUGUUUUGGAACUAUCGAACAGAUGA